AAAAACACCGAUGCUUUUACAGAGGUAAACAAAACGCUGCCCAGACCAGUGCAGUGUUCACCGCCGUCGCCAACGUUCACGAUACGCGCGUUAAUAAUAAUAGUAAUCCGAUCGCGGUGCACGUUUUUGUUUUUUUUUUUUUAUUAUUUAUUGUGGAUUUUUUUUUUCUGUUAAAACUACUUACUAAGUAUAGUACAAAUAUAUCUAAAAACACACGUACACGAAACUAUAUUAUCGUUAUCCAUGUGCCGCCGUCGGUUUUUUGUUGUAUUGUCGAUGGAAAAAUAAUUAUCGCGCCACACCGACCGUUUUUUGUUUUAUCAUACAACAAUAAUACCUAAUAUUGUCACUUUGUACGGUAAUUGAAAACAAAUCGCACCCGCGGUUGAUGGAUACAAUACAUUUGAAUAAAAUCCACGCAGAUACGAUACAAAGUAUUAUUUAAUCAGGGUCGUCGAGUGUGUGUGUGUGUGGGUGUACAUAUCCAAGUGCUGGAGCCAGUUCAAAUACCGUUCAGUUGUUAUGUUGUGUAGCGUAACGUUUCUGCGGUUGUAGAUGAAACUCGACGGUAAACCACCACCGGUACGGCCUUCUUAACUCUGUACACGACCGAUCGCCAAACUCAAGUCGAAAAAAGCGGCACCAGCACAACCCUUGGAAAAAUGUCUUCGGCCAAUCGCAUGGUGCUCAUGCACCUGCCCAAAAACAACCCCAUCGACAUCACUUUCAAGGAUAUAGUCUUCUCCGUGGACGUCGGCACAUUCCACAAAGAAAAGAAAGAUGUACUCAGAGGGAUUUCCGGUCGAUUCAACUGUGGCGAACUCACAGCCAUCAUGGGACCUUCGGGUGCUGGAAAAUCAACACUGCUCAAUAUCCUCACUGGCUUCCAGAGUAAAGGAGUGAACGGGUCCGUGAGGACUUGCCGGAUAGACGAGGAUGUCGUGUCCAACAGCAGUUCCGGCAACAAAGACAACGAAGGCGCCAUGUGCAGAAAAGAAUCUUGUUACAUCAUGCAAGACGACCAACUGUGUCCGCUGUUCACCGUGUUGGAAAUCAUGAUGAUGGCCGCUGACCUCAAACUCGGUUACACUCUUUCCUACAAAUCCAAACAACUGGUGAUCGAGGACAUACUAGACAGCAUCGGGCUAUCGGGCAGCCUUCACACCAGGUGCGGUAGACUGUCCGGCGGACAGAAGAAACGCUUGUCCAUCGCCCUUGAACUUAUCGACAAUCCGCCCAUCAUGUUUCUCGACGAACCCACCACAGGAUUGGACAGCACGAGUUCGCACCAAUGUGUGUCGAUACUUAAGGGAUUGGCCAGAGGCGGCAGGACCGUGGUGUGCACGAUACAUCAGCCCAGCGCCAGCACAUUCGAAAUGUUCGACCACGUGUACAUCAUGGCCGAAGGGUACUGCGUCUACCAAGGUUCUAGUCUGAACACCGUACCUUACUUGCAAACGAUAGGCCUGAAUUGCCCGCAAUACCACAACCCGGCCGAUUUCAUAUUGGAAGUAGUAACCGGAGAAUACGGACACUUCACGUCACAACUGAAAAUCGCCUCUGCCGACAACUCUUGGCGAACUCCACGCCAAAUAACUUGUUCGGAUAUGGCUUUGGAAAGGAAAUCCAAGACAAAGUUGACCACCACCUUGGUGCUGGUCAACCAACCGACGGAAUUAAACAAACUGUUGGUGCUCAUACACAGGUCGUUAAUGCAAGUCUACCGAGAUUGGACCGUUUCACACAUAAAACUGUGUAUGCAUUUCCUGGUGGGCAUACUGUUGGGAUUACUGUUCGAAAAUGCCGGCAUCGACGGCGGCAAGACCAUCAAUAACGUUGGAUUCUGUAUCGUGUCGCUGGUCUACCUGAGUUACACUUCCAUCAUGCCGGCCAUUUUAAAAUUCCCCGCAGAGCUUCACAUACUCAAAAAAGAGCUGUUCAACAACUGGUACAGUCUACCCACUUAUUUCAUAGCGUUUCUCGUGACAAACAUGCCCAUACAGAUGGUGUUCUGCUUCAUCUAUACGUCGGUGUCUUACUAUUUAUCGGCACAGCUGAUGACGUGGACUCGGUUUUUGAUGUUCCUGUUCGUCUGCCAACUGAUGACACUUAUAUCCGAAGGAAUCGGUCUUAUACUGGGUACCGCCAUGAGUCCAGUGAACGGAGUCUUCGUCGGAUCCAUCAUCACUUGUCUGUGCAUCCUGUUUGCCGGAUUCCUGGUGCUGUUCAACCACAUGCCGAUAGUGCUGUACUACGUGUCGUACAUCAGUUUCAUGAGAUACGCACUGGAAGGGCUGGUCGUGUCCAUCUACGGAUACGGUCGAGAGCCGUUGGCGUGCCUGGGCGACCAAGAGUACUGCCAUUACCGGUUUCCGGAGACCACUUUCAAGGAAAUAGGCAUGUCCGACGGCAAAUUCUGGUCGGACGUCUCGGCGUUGGCCGGCUAUUUGAUUGUGGUACUUAUCAUAAGCUACUUGACUCUAAGAAAGAGACUAAGAAGUUCUUAACACUCCACUGCUGUGACCUGUGAUCGUUAUCUUUACAAUAAUGUGCUUUUGUGUUUUGUGUUUUUUUUUUAUCAUUACAUACAAUAUAUAUAUAUAUAUGUAUAACUAAUGUUAUAAGUUAAACAAUGACGUAUAUAAACAAUUGGAAUCGUAUGUGUCUCUAGUACGAUGGUAAAUUUAAAUCACAUAGUCUGUGUGUACGAUAUUUUACCUUAACAAUGCCAAUUUAACUAUAAAAAAUACAUAUAUGAUAUACGAUUAAUAUAUUAUUGUAAUAUACACGGUUUUUUUUUUUUACUUAAUUUUAAUCAAAUGUAUUUCUUAGCAACGCGCUUACUUUAUUAUUAUUGCCUAAAGAUUUUUACGGAAACGUUAUAAGUUCUCACUAUUUAUGUAGUAUAUAAUAUUAUUUUAUCAUGUGUAAAUGUACAGUAUACAAAGCUAGUUUGUGAAACGUUACAGACCGACAAAGUUUUGUCCAGAACACAUUAUUUAAAUGUAACUAAUUUAAUCUGUUAAAGUAUUUGUAUGACAUUCAUUUUUAAUUACAUAUAUUUAUCGAAUUUAUGUAGUAAAUAUAUUAUUAUUAUUAUUUGUAUUGAAAAA